CCUGGCUCUCUCUCCCUCUCCCUCUCUUUCUCUCUCUCUCUCUUUCUCUCUCGCUCUACCUCAUCUCAUUGUUUCAGGAGGCCAAAUUUGAAGUCCUUCCCAGGGAGUGGCCCUGUUCAUCUUAUUCUCCAGCCAAAGUGGGAAUAGCGUGAGAAGGAGAGAGACACAGUCAGCAGCCAAAGGACUCGGUGGAAAGAGCAGAGGACCAUAGACAAUAUGCUGCUCUUUGGACCCAAGGUGCUGCUGUUUCUCACUGCACUCAUCAUUCCCUCAGACUGGACACCUCUAGGGGUCAGUGGUCAAGAAGAUUUCUUUUCAGAGAACAUAAAUUCUAGUGGCUGGACUGGAAUAUGGCUAGAGAGAAAGGAAACAGGGCCAGAUUGGGCUACACCCCAGAGGCUCUACUCCCCUCACAGUCUCCGGAAUGAUUCGGCGACUGUGAAACCCGAGGAAACCUCGACAGAAGAUCCUAAUUUGGUAGUUGAACUCUCUACAGAUGAAACAGCUCUGGCCGAUAUUGUGCCUUCCACAGAUGACCUGGCCUCGCCCAGUGAUAAAAACACCACAGCUUCUUCAGAGUGCCGGGAUGAAAAAUUUGCUUGCACAAGACUCUACUCUGUGCAUCGGCCAGUCAAGCAAUGCGUUCAUCAGUUAUGCUUUACCAGUUUACGACGCAUGUACAUCAUCAAUAAUGAGAUUUGCUCCCGUCUUGUCUGUAAAGAACAUGAAGCUAUGAAAGAUGAGAUUUGCCGCCAGAUGGCUGGUCUGCCCCCAAGGCGACUCCGGCGUUCCAACUACUUCCGACUUCCUCCCUGUGAAAAUGUCAAUUUGCAGAGACCCAAUGGUCUGUGAUCAUCAAGGAAAAGGAAAAAAGAAAAAAAAUGUAUGGGUGGGAUGAAGAGAAUGCUUUAGGAAGAGGGAACUCCUUGUCUAACCAUUGUCAGCUAACCCAUACAUUAGUAUUUCUUAGACCAAACCCUUUGCAAUGUUUAGCUUUUGCCCCUACUCCCUGAUGUUUCACCCAGACUGAAACAUUGAUCUCAUUUUUGGUACUUACAAUACAAACUCUAUAUUAUUGCAUGGUUUUACUGCUUCCCGAUAUCAUAGACAUAGUAGAUAAUUGAUGACCAGGCAGUUUAAAUGCAAUUUCAAGGGAAAAUAAACUUAAGGUUAAUAAUAGUUACUAUUGAAGCUGUCUGAGAUAGUUCUUAGGGUGGAAGAAAUUAUCAUGGUCUAUUUUGGCUAGCCAUAGAACUUCAUUUACUUUCCUUACAAGAGUUUCCUAUACUAACUACCCUUUUUUUCUAUAAAAUUAUAGUCCUCUUUACUCUUAUUUUAACUAUUUUGCUGACUAUCAUAACAUUUACUUGGCAGGUUCUCUUUAUGAAAAAGGUCAUGACAAUUUUUGUAACUCUAGAAAAUUCUCCAGAGCCAAUAUUUAUACAAUCCUACUAACAAUAUAUAAAGACCCCAAAUGUUGCCUUCUGCUAAGCUCAGAGGCUGAGGCUAAAGAGAGGAGUAUGCCAGGUAUAGAACUUGGACCCAUGGUUUCCUAUUCAAUUGUUGAUGUGGUUGCCCAAUGGCAAAUAAGGGUAGAAAGUAAGUCUCAUUUUCUUACUCAUUUAUGGUAGAAUUGGGGUUAGUCCACAUCCACAGGUAAAUUAGACAACUAAUGUCAAACCAUAUCACUGGUCUGAGUUUUUGUGAGUUGUUGCUACUUCCAUUCUCACCACUUACCAAAAUCUGUAGCGAUUAUUAUUCAAAUAGAUUCUGGAAUAGCCUGAUUUGGGGCCUAAGAAGGGCAUUCAGACCUGAACUUUAAUAGGCAGGCACAAAGUUUACCUAAUGGUUUAUAGAAAAAAGUAAAAGAAGCACAAUAUUUAGACAACCCACACUCUUAUCCUGGGUCUAGCAGUAACUAGGUAGCCUCAGAUAAGUCAUGUUUCCUCACUAGGCCCUGGUUUAAUUUCCCCACUUUUAACAGGAGAAGGUUUAAUGUACAUUAGUUUCUUUUAAUUCUAUGAUUCUCAAAGUUUAAAUGUAUUGUUAAUAUUUCUUGAAGCCUAGAGAUGCAGUCUAACUCACAGCAAACAUGUCUGCUUUAUAAGGGGGGAGGGGAGGGGGGGAAUAGCCUGUAUUAAUUAAAUGGACAAUAGUCCACAAUAUAAUAGAACAAAAUUUCACUAUGAGUGACAAAUUAUAUAUUAUGGACCGUCUAUCUGAAUAACUCAGUAACCUUCUUAAAAAGCCAAUAGAAUUCAAGUAGGAACUAGGGGAAUCUGAGAUAACCAGUUAUAUAUGAUAGAAUACCACUUGUAGGGAGUGAAUUUCUGUCAUAUCGCUGAGAAAACUACCCUGAGUCUUGGAUUCUUGCUGUUAAGAAGCAAUUUAGUUUAAUGGGAUUUGCACAAUUUAUUAAAGAAAAAUGUUAGAAAAGGUCCCAAGGCAUGCAAUUUCUGCUCCACAGCCUCUAGAAGUAAAUGUACUGACACAUAGACAAACAUAUUAUAUGCAUAUUAUAGCCGCUGUAGAGAAAUCUCAUGGGCACAGAGUUCCCAAGAAUCAUGUCAAAAUGUCUUCAUGAACUUGACCCUCCUACUGCAUAUUGAACGAGAGGUAGCAUUCACCACUGGAAAGCACCUCAAUCCCAGUAUUGUGUAUAUUGCAAAUUAAACAUUUUAAAAUAAUUGUUCCAAA